AUCAUCUUGCGCCACCUGUAGCUAUCAGCAGCAGCUAGGCUGUAGCCGCAGAUGAGCUCUAAUGAGAUAGGACGAGCUAGCUAACUGUGCAACACAACAAAACUGGACUGAAGGCUAAAGAGACGUGCAUUUUUGUAGCUUACCAACUACCGAAAACGUUACCGACUUUAUUGUAUGUGGCUAAUGAAAAAUCAGGUUAAAAGGACAAGAAUCGUAAAACAAUUUGCUGUUUUAUUUUUAACGGGGCAGAACCCAAGCCCCUUCCAGCAAGACAACCCCCACUGUUAAAAUCCAGAAAAUAAAUUAAACAAAGAUGGAGCUUCAUGCCCACUGUCUGAACUGUGUGAACCGGAGAUGUAUGAUUCGCCCAGAGACUGGUGUGUCCUGUGAUCUAAUCGGCUGUCCACUGGUCUGUGGAGCGGUUUUCCACUCCUGCAAAGCAGAGGAGCAUCAUUUACUAUGUCCGUUCGAAAGAGUGCCUUGCCUCAACACUGGAUUCGGGUGCCCUUUCACAAUCGCCCGGCACAAGAUGUCUGAACACCUUGAGACAUGCCCGGCUAGUGUCGUGUGUUGCACCAUGGAGUGGAACCGUUGGCCUGUGAGCUAUUCAGACAGGAAGUCCUAUGAGCACCUGAGCAAUGUCGAAGUGGUAGAGCAGCUGGACAUGGCUUUGGCUCUGCAAGAUCAGAGGAUGUUACUUGAGUCUCUUAGGGUCACCACCAACACAUCAAAGAACGGCUAUAAUAAACCAGCUGAGGAAACCAGUGCAAAGAAUGGGAAUGUUGUGUCAAGUGUACCAGAGACUGUGGUUACUGUUGGAACAAACAUAAUUGACCAGGCUGCUGCUUCAUCUAACGGAGUGGUUGAAAUGGGUGGUGAGGGUUCUGAUAUUGCGGUACACAAAAGAAACUUAGCAGCAACAUUGGAGGUUCUCCGAAGUGCAAAGGAUAUCACCCUGGCCGGUGACAAUCUCAAUGGGGACGAGACUCAGAGAAAUGGAGUUGUCCACGGCGGAGGGAACGGGGAAGAUGAUACCGAUGAUUUUGAGGGUGUUGAGAUGAAAGACGGUGACGCCGAGUCAGACGGUGAGCUCGGAGCAGUGGGCGGAUUGGACUGUGGUGUAGGAACAGACGGACGGGUGGGUGACGAGAGUUACUGGGUAGAGCUCAAUGAACUGAUCCAGGAAACCGAGAAGGACCGGGUCAGUCUCAGAGAGGUAGCGCCGCUCCCUGUCAGCAACGGUUUCCAUCAUACAGCAGGUGAUCACAGUCAAAUGAGACCACGUGAGCAGAUGGAUCUGAGUAGAUCUCCGCCCAGGCGCUCGGACACCCACAGGUCUUCGGACUUCAGGCCUGUGAUGCCCUAUCUUUCCAUGCCUAAUAUAGUAACACCCCGAGAGCCUUCCGGCCCCCAUCCUCCGCCGUUACCCAUCCACCUGCCUCUACCCAUGCCUCUCCCAAAUCUGGAACCCUACAACGUGCUCCAGCACCUGCCUUUGGAGAUUGAAGACCGGUGGCUGGAGAGGAAACUGCAAAAUCUGCAGGUACUCAGAGGGAUGAGUGUGUUUACAUUUAAUGGGCGCAGGGCUCUGAUGUCCGACCCCUAUCUGUUCAGAGCCAAAAUGGAGGACAAGUCGGUGGACACCUCUGACCUGGAGGUAACCGACGAUCCGCUGGGGCUCCAUGGGAUCGACCUGAUAACGGCCGCGCUGCUCUUCUGUCUCGGUGACUCGCCCGGCGGCCGCAGCAUUUCGGACAGCAGGUUUGUGGACGGUUACCGCGUCGACUUUGGUACCCAGACCUUCUCCUUCCCCUCAGCCAUCCUGGCCACUAGCACCACGGUCGGGGACAUUGCCUCAGCGUCGGCCUGCGAUCACGCCAGCCCGCAGCUCUCCAACCCCAGCCCCUUUCACACCCUUAGACUGGACCUGGUGCUGGAGUGCGUGGCCCGCUACCAGACCAAGCAGCGCACCAUGUUCACCUUCGUGUGCGGACAGCUUUUCCGCAGGGACGAGUUCUCCUCGCAUUUCAAGAACGUCCACGGCGACAUCCACGCCGGGCUGAACGGCUGGCUGGAGCACCGUUGCCCCCUGGCGUACUAUGGCUGCACCUACUCUCAGAGACGCUUCUGUCCCUCCACGCAGGGCUCCAGGGUCAUUCACGACCGACACCUGGGCUCGUUCGGCGUGCAGCCGGGCAUGCCCCCACGGCUCGGCGAUAAAAGCCUCCCCAGGAACACAUGUCGGUUCGGCAGCGCCUGCGACCACCUGAGCUCCCUGCCCUUCGAGGUGCUCCAGUAUGUGGCCAGUUUCCUGGAUGGCUUCAGCCUGUGCCAGCUGUCCAGGGUCUCCCGCACCAUGAGGGAUGUGUGUGCCAGCUUGCUGCAGUCCAGAGGAAUGGUGGUGCUGCUCUGGGAGAACACGAGGCGGGCCGACGGUGCCUCCUCAUGGCAGAUCCAAAACAAGGUGUGGCGCUUCAGCACGGCCUUUGGUACGGUGAACGAGUGGAAGUUUGCCAACAUCGCCAGUAUGGCGGACCAUCUGAAGAAGUGCACGUUUAACACGGUCACCCGUCGGGAUGAUGCCGUCCCUCUACCCUGCAUGUGCUUCACCAGAGAGCUCACCAAAGAGGGACGCUCUCUACGAUCAGUCCUCAAGCCAGUGUUAUGAUUGACCUUGUGACAGGGUUGGACUCCAUGGGUAUGUUUGAAUCGGCACCCUGUUACCAAAAGUAGUGCACUCUGUAGGGAAUAGGGUGCCAUUUCAGACGCCGCCCAUUUCCAAUUCGGGAAAGUUCUUGUUAUGGAAUUACCGGAAUUUUACGGAAAUUAGAUUGAGCCUUACCCUGCUCUAAAAUAAGCAAAUACAAAACGCUGCUCCAUUUUUAUUCACUCUUGACAGAAAGAGCCUGAAUGUUUUUCAAUGCAAACUCUUUGUAAUUUCAUAUUGUUCCCAAUGUACUGAAAAGAUAAUUUAACUUUUACAUACUCUGUCAAUGUGUAAAUAAAACAAAUGUUUUGAUGUACUUUUUUAAAUUUUUAUAUGAUCAUCAUUGAGUAACUUCAUUCAGUACUGUGUCGUGUUGAUUAUGAAAGAAAGUGAGGCCUUAACUUAUGAUAAACACUUGAUUUCUGGUCAAAGCAGGUUUCUGAAGAUGGUCUUUUGAUAGGGAGAUUUCUCAGUGACCCCCAGAGUGACUUAUUGUCUUGCACGCUUUUGGUGAUCUUUAUUGAGUUAGAGAAUGUAAGUACUUUUAAUCUGCAUUUUAAGAUUCAGACCAAACUUAAAAUGUUCACACUACAGGCCAUUCUUAUCAGAAUGGAACAUUUAGCAUGUUGCUAGAAAAAACUAUACUAUCAGACUAUACAAGAGUGUGGGCUGGAUAAAUUAGGGUUGAUUUGGUCAGAUGUCUUUUCCACACUUCUGUUCCUCAUUUGAGAAAAAUGGUACUUCUGUGAAAACCAUUUGUGUGAAAUCUGGUUAUGUAGAUGAAGCCCAGGGAAUCCUGCAGGUCAGUGAUCGUGGGCAUACCAUUCUGGUAAAGAGUUAAGUAUUUCAAUUAAUCCGUUGAUCGUUCUCUAGUCUACAAGUUGUGUUUUUAUCUUUUUCUUGUGGCACUACAUAACUGUGUUCUGGUGUUGCCUGCCGUGUCUCAGGGUUUGUAAGGCCUCAAAUGGCCCCCCUAUGCCCUAGUAUACUACUUAUGACCAGAGCCUGUGGAGGGGGUGAUUUGAGACACAGACGUCACGCUGCAUCAAUAUGUUCUGGCUAUUACUUGUACUGUAUUGUCUGGUUAACACUACAGGGCCCAUCCAAACCGUACUGUACAGCCUGGCUUAGCUUGGUUUGGGUCUGUAGUGUGAAUCUGGCUGAUUUAAUCUACAAGUCUCCACAUGGAACAGUCACUUUAUUGUCAUGGUUAAAAAGCGUGGGUAGUCAUAGGAUGAUAAACCGUUCAGUAUUAUGUUUUAUUUCAGUGUUGGUACUGGCCCAUUCAAUUCCUCAGUAGAUCAUAUAAUUAUCAAUAACCUACCUUCAUUUGACUUGAUUUUCUCUGGUUUUACUAUUAAUUGAAUACCUGUUCAGAUAACCUGUUCAGAAGUGUGUACAUGAUUAAAUUAUUAUUUCAAAGAUGGUUGUUCCGAUUGGAGUUCAGUAUAAUAGCGGCUUGUAGGUUGACGUUGGUGAAGAUCACAUUCCUGGUAAACACGGUAUACUGUAUGUCGGCUUAAUUGGAAAUCACCUCUGAAUGGAGCAUUGUCAACGAACAAUGGUCAGAUUUUUCCAGACUUAAUUUAGGGGUCAGAUUGUGUUGUAGAAAUGAAAGGCCAAAGUUGGAUCCUACUGUUUGCAUCUGUUAUCUUCAAAUGGAAGUAGAAGACUAACCGUUUCUUUAUUUGAACUUUUCUCAAUCCCUGUACUGUUGUUUCGUGUUAUAUUUUUUUGUUUGGGGGGGGGGGGGUCGGGGGUCGGGGUCGGUGCAAACUUUGCAUUAUUGUAAAGCUGAUUAACACCCCGGAUGAAUAGUUUCAAAUGUUUUGAUAUGGUGAAAGCAUUGACGAGUGUUUUAGGUUUGACGCAUAUUUUAAAAGUUAUUAAUGGAGGGAGUGUGUUUUAUCUGUUUUUAUUUGUAUUGUCAGAACUCUCAACUUGUCUUUUUUGUAUUCAUUCAUGCAACCCUUUAGUAGAUAUUUUAUCAUCUGAUGUCAUUUUUUUAUGACAUUUGUGAUGAACAUGCCACCUUCUCAGAGGAUGCUAUGAUUUCACCCAUUAAUCAUCCCCACAUUAUAACCUGGUCCCAGAUCAGUUUGUGCUUUAACUAGUAAUGAGUGUAGCGGUUGACAAAAAGUAUCUAACAGCUCUGGGACCAGGCCAGCCAUGUUUUGGCUUCAGUCAGAUUUAUUUCCCCAUAUUUUUCCUGCAUGCGUGUGAAAAGAUGUAACACAAUCAUUCUUAAAUGUAAGGCUGUUUCCCCUACAAUAACCGGCUUGGUGUGUAUUUAGCUUGCAUACACUGGGCCUCCGUAGCUUUGUCAUAACUUUUUGUAUUUUAUUUGUCUUACUACAUUUGUUUGGUAGCUUCUGCAACAAUCAGAUCACACAAAGGUUUUACUUUAAACUAGGUGUCUUACAAGUGUUCUACAAUGUUUUGUUUCUUGUCUUAGUGGCUCAGUUGUAUAAUGGUCAUUCACAUAUUGUGUAUAAUCAACAGCAUUUUCAUCACCAAUAAAAGCUUGUUUUCAUUCUUA